CACGCACGGCGUUAACCUGCCCAGCGUGAAAUAAUUGCUACCUAUUUCUCUCGCCGGCGACGAGCCUCCGCGGAAACCAGUGCCAAGCCAGAGAGUGCUUCUUUCUCCGCCAGACUGCUGCUCCGCGCGAGAAGAGCCACCACGGAGUCUGCGUGACUCGGGACAGUGGAGAAAAUCAGCGGCACAGCGUGGGUCUCGCGACCUCCAGCGAACGAGAUCCCUAAGUUUCGAUCCACUGUCCCAGUGGAUUUGGGACUGCGAUGGAGGAGCAGUUCAUCCUCCGCGUGCCGCCAUCCGUCGCAGAGCGGAUCGAGCGCCUCAUGAAUGAAUCCGCCGCCUCCUCCUCCAACCCCGACGAGGCCUCCCUGGACCUCUCCUUCUCAGAGGAUGGAAGAAAUGGCACAUUUAUGAUCGGUAAUGAGAGCUUUCCUGCAUCUCUCUUGGAUCUACCUGCUGUGGUGGAGUCAUACAAAACAUAUGAUGAUUCUGUACUAAUUAAAACUGCUGAUGUUGGUCAGAUGAUUAUGGUAAGAGAAGAAAAUGAUCCUGCUCCAGAAGGAGUCGAGUACAAGCAUGGGCUUACUCCUCCAAUGAGGGAUGCACGCAGGCGACGUUUCCGCAGAGAACCAGACUUGAACGCAGAGCUGGUUAACCAAGUUGAGAAGCAUCUUAUCAGUAUCAUGCAUGGAGUAUCUGUCAACCAGAACGCCAGUGCGACAGGAGGCGAAGAAGGUGGUGAUCGUAAGAAACCUCCAGUAGCUCGUGCAGCAAAGCAGCCUGGGGUUCAGGAGCCCGCCGCGAAUGGAGAGGAAGCUGAUCCUGAGAGGAGCGACAGUGAUGAUUCAGAUAACUGAAAUGGAGGACCUGGACUGGGUGCAGCCUCAGUGGUCCAGGCGAGCCAUGCCAAACUUCGCAAUUUGAAUAAAUCAGAAUGUAUAUAUUUGUAACAAACAAUGUGUUUGUUGUUCGCUGAAGCAUGUACUGUCACGGUAAACAUGAUGUGACGCUAUAAUGCCAAACAAGAUGAUGUUACUGCAUGUACUAGCAAAAUAGUUAUAAAUAACAACUGCUAAGUAGCAUUUUAUUGGAUUU